ACGUUACAGCCAAAACUGGCCAAAACUCGAAAGGCCGGCAUGUCCGCUCUUGGGCUCAGUACUCUGCUUACAAUUAGUGUUGCCUUAUCUUGUGUCGCAUCAAAUAUUGCAUCAUCUAUUGUCGCACAAUUCUUAAGUACAGGCUGUAUCGUUUCUAGUGGAAACGGAAGCCUACAUUAAAAAAAGAAGAAGGCAGAACGAUCUCGAUUCCAGUGUGAGCCUGUGUGAGCCACGGACUGAGGUGGACGUCUAGGACAGAGUCUUCUAACCUCAAAUACACAGAUUCGAAACGAGUGUCUUGCCAGAGAGAAGCUUCCAGAAGCUUCUCUCUGGUCUUGCAACGUCGAAAUAUUAAGAUCGUGAAUAUCUUACAGAAUUAAAAGACAUGGAUGUCCAACGGCAUUCUGUGCACACGCUGGUGUUUCGAUCCUUAAAGAGGACUCACGAUAUGUUUUUAUUAAAUCAAGGAUCCUUACCGCCGGAAGAUCCUGUUCGGCAGCAAAUGAAGAAGGUUGUAAAAGCGAAAGAUUGUUACGGCCCAAUAUUGGAACGUGUGAAACAAAAUAACAUGGCCAAAGUGCAGCAAGAAAACGACAUUGCAGACCCUCCGCCGCCAGGAGAUGAAACCUUUGGAGUUAAUGCCACCUCGGCAGUUGUCCCUUACAAUAUAACAAAAGGAAGCACAAGCGUGGUGCCAAUAAUAGGUGUGGGGAGCAACGUAAGCAGCGGCACGCUCGCAAUGCCGCCAAAGAAAACGCCCUCGAUGGCGAAACCCAAGUGGCACGCGCCAUGGAAAUUGUACCGAGUUAUCAGCGGUCAUCUGGGAUGGGUGAGAUGUUGCGCCGUGGAGCCCGGUAACGAGUGGUUCGCCACGGGCUCAGCCGACAGAGUAAUCAAAAUAUGGGAUCUGGCGACCGGCAAGUUGAAGGUCUCGCUGACCGGUCAUAUUAGCAGCGUCCGCGGCCUCGCAUUCUCGCAGAGGCACCCUUAUUUGUUCUCCUGCGGCGAGGACCGGCAGGUCAAGUGUUGGGACCUGGAGUAUAAUAAGGUAAUCAGGCAUUACCAUGGUCACCUGUCGGCCGUAUACUCGAUGGCACUACAUCCCACGAUAGAUGUGCUAGUGACGGCGGGACGGGACUCAACCGGGCGAGUGUGGGACAUGCGUACCAAGGCGAAUGUCCACACACUCGUCGGGCAUACCAAUACAGUGGCGAGCGUGAUAUGCCAGUCCGCCGAGCCGCAGAUCAUUAGCGGCAGUCACGACUGCACGAUUCGCCUGUGGGACCUGGCCGCCGGCAAGUCCCGGGCCACGCUGACGAAUCACAAGAAGAGCGUGCGCGCGCUCACGUUCCAUCCGUCCCUGUACAUGUUCGCCUCGGCGUCGCCGGACAAUAUCAAGCAGUGGAAGUGCCCAGAGGGCAAGUUCAUUCAGAAUCUGUCGGGCCACAACGCGAUAGUCAACUGCCUGGCGGUGAACACCGACGGGGUUCUGGUCUCCGGCGCUGACAACGGCACGAUGCACCUCUGGGACUGGCGCACCGGCUACAACUUCCAACGGCUCCACGCCCCGGUCCAGCCUGGCUCGAUGGACAGCGAGGCCGGCGUGUUCAGCAUCACGUUCGACAUGUCGGGCACUCGCAUGAUUACGACGGAAGCCGAUAAG